AUGAAGGCAUCUUCUCCCUCUACCAUUAGCAAUGUCUCAAUAGGUAGCAUCUUUGUGGAUGAUGGCAACCAAACAGAAGCAACUGCAUUUUCUCAGCCUGGCUGGCAAAUAGCAAUUUGGGCUAUCAUCUAUUUAGCCAUGGUCAUUGUUUCAAUUGUGGGCAAUGGCACUGUCAUUUGGAUUAUCCUGUCUCAUCGACGGAUGAGGACAGUUACCAACUACUUUAUUGUUAAUCUGGCUCUCUCUGACCUGCUCAUGACAGCUUUGAACACUGUUUUUAACUUUAUUUAUGCCAGCCACAAUGUCUGGUAUUUUGGAGAAGGAUUCUGUCGAUUUCUUAAUUUUCUUCCUAUUAUUGCAAUGUUUGUGAGCAUUUAUUCUAUGACGGCUGUUGCUGCUGAGAGGUUCAUGGCAAUAAUUUAUCCAUUCAAGCGAAAACUUUCUGCUGGGAACACCAAAGUGAUCAUAGGAAUCAUAUGGCUGGUGGCUUGUGGACUUGCCUUUCCCCAAUUCUUUUAUGCCCAAAUAAUUGUUGAUGAUGAAACACCCAAAUGCACCAUUCUCUGGCCAGGCAACAGUGAACAGAAAAGACUCACGUUGUAUCACAUUUUCGUCAUCGUACUGGUUUAUCUGCUGCCUCUCACUGUGAUGUUUAUUGCGUAUAGUGCAAUCGGACUAACACUGUGGAAUAAUGCCGUUCCUGGUGAUCACACUAACGUUGUCUACUACCAACAUCAGAUUACUGCUAAAAAAAAAGGUUAGUUUUUUUUUGUCAGGACAAUGGUUGCUGUUGUGAUCACCUUUGCCAUCUGCUGGUUUCCUUAUCAUCUCUACUUCAUCGUGGGGAGCAUCUGGAAGGAAAUUAACAAGAAGAAAUAUAUUCAACAAGUAUAUUUGACAGUAUUUUUCCUUGCCAUGAGCUCUGCAAUGUACAGCCCAAUUAUAUAUUGCUGCCUUAAUCAAAGAUUCCGUUCUGGUUUCAGGAUGGCUUUUCAGUGCUGCCCUUGCAUCAAAGCAACAGAAAGAGACAAACUUAACCUUACAUAUCCAUCACCUGUACAGAAGAUCCAGAGAGACCCACCAUCCAACUUCCAAACAAGCACAGGGACAAACACAACUAAUGACAAGACAUCAUCCAGUAAUGUCUAUUUGGUAGUUUGAGGUUUUAAUGAUUGCUUGUUUUCAUGUUUCUGCAUUGUAGGGUUUGUUUGUUUGUUUUCAAAUUACUGAGAAAGCUGCUGAUUAAUUUGCGAGUAUUCCCUCUACUGUGGGAUGCCAGCAUUUAUCAAAAUAAAAGGUUGGCCAGUAUUUUACACCAAUACCCUAAAGGCACCAGAUUUCACGUGAUCUUUGAAACUAAGCAAGGCCAGCCUUGGUUAGCACAAAUUGAUUCCCCCUUAUCAGAAAGGCUUAGAAGCAGAAGUGUUUCGUAUUUUGGAUUUUUUCAGAUUUUGGUAUUUGCAUGUAUGUACAUAAUG